UUUAAAUGCUUCUUUUACUGCUCUUACAUUUGAAAUUAUUUGUAAAUGCUACAGCAUGCAGCACAGCGCGUCUACUCUGGUGUUAUUCACAGACUAUUGUAGUAAAUAAAGCUAAAUGUCCUGCAGCACGCAAUGGAGGAGCGCCAAGAUUUCUCCCUUAAUGGCAGAGCAGUUGUAACUGACGUUAAUCUGAAAGAUGAGUACUAUUGGAAGCUGGUUGCAGACUUCGUUGGUCCUCAAUCGGGAGAGGGACUAGAGCUUCAAAAGGCACCAUGCAAGAACAGACUUUUGAUUCAAGUAGGACUCAUGAGAGAGGACAAUAACUUUCCAUGGAUUGCCAUUGUAGACUGGCUACAGAAGAGUUUUCCCCGUCACCAGUCGGCUGACUUUCGUCGUUUGAUCGAAAGAGGCAUCGCUACAACAUUGAGUCUUGGAAGUGAUGCCAGGCUGACCUUCCUGAAGUCAGACGUCAACUUCAACUUUGUCGGCCCAAUAUGUGACAGCAUCGGAGUUGAGCGACAACAUCUUUUGGAAAUGAGGGAUUUCUCAGAGCGAGCACAGUCAAUCGAGGUUACAAACGGAUUGAUUCUUGAGUUAAGCAACUUUGUCACCAGGGAGAAAAUCGCACCAGUUGUUUUGGUGACAUGGCUUAGAAACUUCAACGCUGACUUUUGUAAGAAUGGGGAUAUUCAAAAGGCAUAUAAAGUCCUUAGAACCAAGAUAAAAAAGUUAAAACAGAAUUACCGCAACUAUGAAACGAGGAGUAACAGGAGGAACGCAGCGAUGGAAAGUUUGCUCCAAAUUCCAUUUGAACUGGUGCGGAAAAAGACGCCAAAAGUGAUUGUGAGGAAACGCAUGAAAAGAGAAGACGCCAUACCUUAUGAAAAAGUUAUAAUCAAGGAGGAAUACGAGACCUAUGAAAUCAUGCAAUAUGACGACUAUGACGUGAACAGAGGAGGGGUGAAAAAACUAAUGCCGCAAGACGAUGUCGAUGAAAGUGAUGAGGACAUGGAUGACUCCAACAGUGGAGAAGAAACCUCAGAUAACAAUCACAAGUCCCUGACCCUGCUCGACAUUGCGAUGGAGUCUGUCCAAAAGCUGUCAAGCGUGUACGGUGGAAAAAACGAAGCCUGCAAGCAAGUUUGCUUGGAUCUCCUCAAAAACCAGUAUGCUCUAACAUGCAAGGAGCAUCCGGCCAUGGCAGAGUUUGAGAAAAAGCUCGACACGCUCUGUGAAGACAUUUCACUCGUUUACCCUGUGGUGUUUUUAAACUGCAACGCCAAUUUCCUCGUUGAGGUUCAUGAUGCCGUGGAGCAGCAGAUCAUGAGCUUUGAAAAAGAGAUCAUUAGUUCGACGGGAGAGAGACUAGGCCGUGACAAACUUCCAAAAUUCAAGAACUUUGUGAAUUUCUCCGAAAGCGCCACCUCACGCUACAUCCACAUGGCUUGUGACAUCUUAAGCCCGAGCACCCCUGGCAUGCAGAACUACAGGAAACACUGGGUGGCUUUCUGUGAGGAGAAGAGAAAUCCCUCCAGACUCGCAGUGAAUCAGUCAAACCCAUUCAACAACUACUUUGAAUCUGCAGCGGGUCUCACCCACCAUCACAAAGAGAUGGCUCUCUUCUUCUCUGAUUUGCUGUCGAUGACCAACGACGAAUGUCCAAACAUUAUUCUGGAGUGUGUUGUCGCUGAUGCCACAGAUUCUGUGAUACAGAGCCUUGUGUGCGUCCUGUCUAUUGUUUACUGCAAAAUCCUCGGCCCUUACUGGCAGCUUCUGAAAAGCGGAGGCGAGUACUCGCUCUUCAGCCAGUACAUACUCUGUCUCUACCAAAAGUUCCUCGAUUGGUCCAAAAAUCCUUCAAUGCUGCUGGAACCCGAAGGGGCCACAAACGUUUUUCUGCAGUUCCCGUUGCAGGAGAAGACCUUCGAUGGAGUGUUCCAUUUCUGUGGCCAGUGGCACACAAGUAGGGACCUGAUCAGAGCUUGCCUGAAGAGGAUAGUAAAGGUGAUUGCUGGUGUCACCGAGGAACACCUGAAGGAUUUCCUGCCAGGAGGAACAUUUGCUCGUGUCCCCUCGCCAGAUUUGAGUUUACAACUGGUAAGUUGCACAUUCUCCGUCUUAAUGGCGGAAUAUCCUUCCAGCCAAGAGUCCCCUGACACGAAGAAAAAACCCCACAAGCCCUCCAAAUGCUCCUCACACAAGAACUUGGAUAGCUCUCAUGAAGAUGAUGACCGAUCUGGUUUAUCUGACGGCAGCUCCGACGAAUCUUCCGAUUGGCAAGCUAGAAGGAAUACCCCCGUUGACCAAAAGGAUGCCUACAGUCCGCCAAUGAAGAAAGGUCUCAUUGUUAAAAAAGAAAAGCUACCAAAGGUGCAGGAAGUGCGUGAAGAGAACAUGGAUAUGGACUACAUAACCGCUACAGUGCAAACCAACGGAGGGCCGUGCAAGUCGCAGCAAGAUGUCGACAAAAUGAUGCUGCGUUUUGACGGGAAGACCCGGGCUGAGAAACGGGAAGCGCUCCGUUGCGAGAUCUUGUACCAGAAAGUGGUCCUGAACAACACGGAUCGAAACUUGUAUUGCGAUUUCGAAAACGGCACACAGAUGGCGUUGAAGCUGAAGCUCACACUUCCUCGCGUUAAACCUGGGUACUCUCUCGUUUUGGCGCCUAAAAAGACAAAAACAAGGCGCGUGUUCCAAAACGCAACGGAUGCUGCAACUGGUUUGAAUGAAAACAGCGGCACAUGAGAGCUUUCGUUGUGCAACACUAAAAAGUGUGAUUAUUGAGGGAUAGAGGAUGAUGUGAUCAUGUGACUUCCUCAUAUGAUAAAAUAAUCAGAAAUACACACAAUGACCUCAAUCUUUCCACACAAAUACAAUAGAAUGUCUGAUUCUGUAUAUACCAGAUGCAGCUGUCAUACGUGUGUUACAUACUGUAUUUUCAAUGCCAAUAGUUGAAAUGAUGAGGUUUGAUUAUGUAGCUCUUAUACUUUUGAUAUGGUUGUAUAGUUUGCAUAAUGCUGUAUUGUAACAAGACUUUUCUAGAAAGUACAUUUUUUUUGUUGCUGAGAAGGAAACUUCUAUUUUUUUACACAAGAUUGUACCAUUUUGAUCAUGCAGAGGUCAGUCGAUAAAGAUUUAAAGAUGUUGUAUGAACCACUGACACAAUAAACUCCCUUUGUUCAUA